CACAGCUCCAAUGUUAUGAUUACCCUCGGUAAUUCCCCUCCAUAUUGAACUAGUCUUUACUCAUUGAUAGCAAAUAAUUUCAAAUAAUGGGCUCUUCAAGUGCCACCUUUUCUUUAUUAGUACAUGUGACCGACCUAUAGAUUUCUAAAUUGGCCGCCCUUACAUGAUACUACUCAAGAUGACAGCUAAAAAAUGUCUCCGUGUUGGUAACGUCUCUGGCGCCACAGGUGACAGUCCAACCGCUAUGUCCCGCAUGGCACGUCAUGGUAAUGUCGAUGUGAUCGUGGGUGAUUGGCUUUCAGAAAUGAAUAUUGCAUGGAAUGCUAUCACCAAAAGUCAGGAUCCGGAACUUGGAUAUGAAUCAGGGUUUUUAUCCCAACUGGUCGAAAGUCUGGACGUUGUGAUAGAACGGGGCAUCAAAGUUAUUACAAAUGCCGGCGCACUGAAUACACCAUCUCUCGCGAGAGAAGUAGAGGAGUUAUGUCGAAGAAAAGGAUGCGAACAAGUCAUUGUUGCUCAAGUUCUGGGUGAUGACAUAUCAGAUUUAGUCACAAAUUCCGAUGGAUUGGAGCACAACUCAGGGUUACAUCACCUAGACCACGAAGACUGGCGAUUGAGAGAUUGGAAAUUGAGACCUCACUGUGGUGUUGCGUAUAUAGGCGCUUGGGGUAUUUAUGAGGCUCUACAACACGGUGCGCAGAUAGUAAUUUGCGGCAGAGUAACAGAUGCAUCACCAGUUAUCGGUGCCGCUGCAUGGUGGUACGGCUGGAAGAAAGAUGACUGGAACAAACUUGCUGGAGCUCUUGUAGCUGGACAUCUUAUUGAAUGUGGCCCAUAUAUUACCGGGGCUAAUUUCUCUGGCUUCAAGGAUUUCUUACCGCAACUAGUCGACCUAUCUUUCCCUAUUGCCGAGAUUGAUGAUACUGGAGCGUGCACAAUUACGAAAAUUGAGCAAUAUGGAGGAGCCAUUACCAAAUUCAAUACAAUCGCACAGUUAUUAUACGAACUGCAAGGCGAGCUGUAUUUAAACCCGGACACCGUUGCUGAUUUACAAGAAAUCCGAGUUACCCAAACAGCACCAGACAGAGUUACUGUUGACGGCGUCAAGGGCAUGCCACCACCAGCUACAACCAAAGCCAUGAUUGCUGCGCCGGGUGGUUACCAGGCGGAGGCAACUUUCUACAUCAAUGGGCUUGACGUUCCGGAAAAAGCGCAAAUGAUGAAACAACAGUUGAAAAGUGCUUUUCGAAACAACAACUUUAGCAAAUUUUCCGUAGAAGUAUAUGGAACACCUACAAGCGAUCCACAAAGCCAGCAAGCAGGGACUGUUUCCCUCCGCGUAUUUGCCCAAGCCCGAGAGAAGAAAGACAUAUCAAGUGACAAGUUCAAGACUCCAAUUUAUGCUCUUAGAAUGCAGAGUUAUCCAGGCUAUCAUAUGAAUCUUGACUUUCGCACAAUGGAUCCAAAGCCAUUCAUGGAGAUCUUCCCCGUUAUCGUUUCUCAGUGUUUAAUCAAACAAACUGUCAAGUUAUCAUCGGGAAAAACAAUCGAAAUACCGCCACCAGUGCUUACGUCUGAAUAUCAAUUGCAAAGACCUUCAUAUGAAACGGAUAGUCCGGUAUCUCUUGAUUAUUUCGGCCCUACCGAACGUGCACCACUAGGAAGUAUUGUUCAUGCAAGAUCUGGAGACAAAGCCGAUAAUUUCAAUGUAGGUAUCUUUGUUCGACAUGAAGAUGAGUAUCCAUGGCUUCAAUCAUUCUUAACGAUAUCUUGCUUCAAAAAAUUGUUAGGAAACGAUUGGAAAGACUUGACUGAAACGGGGAUUAAACGGAGUAUUGAGAGAUGCGAAUUCCCAAAUAUUUUGGCGGUCCAUUUUCGUGUCUUGGAUUUCUUAGGUGGUGGGAUCGCUAGCUCUGCACGCAUCGAUGGACUAGGAAAAGGCAUUGGCGAAUACAUCAGGAGUCGGAUUGUGGAUGUACCCGUUCGAUUUCUGGCACGAGGUAGAAUUUGAUUAUAUCAUUUGCUGUUUUACUCUUCAGUGCUCGUUUAGUACUUGAGCAGAUCAUGUAAGUAUAUUUACAAGAUUGGAUGUCUUCUUUAUUGAUAUUGUUCGACUCUUUGAAGCCCCCCCCAUCCAUCAAAGUUGACGGCCAAAGAGACUGAAAC